AAAAAACCAAUAGUGCUCUUAAACCAAAGAAAUAAUAUUUUGUAUUUACACUGCAAAACCAUGCCGAGAGAAUCCAGCAGACGCUCGCGGUCACCUGACAGACAUAGCAGAAGAUCAUACCGUUCGCGCUCACCAUCCCGACGCCGCUCACCCACACGCUCCACCAACCACCACCAACAACAACGCUCCAAUCGCCCCAGCACCCGAACCACUACUACGGACAAUCGUUCGCCAUUGCCAGCACCCAGAUACAGGUCGCGCGAAAGACUCAGUCACCACCAAACCUACGAACCGAGAUCUCCACCCAGUCGACGCGAUACUAGGAAACGGUCGAAAUCUCCAGAAACACACAGACCGUUGGCCCGCGAUAGCAGGUCAAAAUCUCCCGAACGCCAGAUGGCCCCAAAGCUGGAGGAGGAGGUGGGUAUUAGUGAAGAGGCGUUAUUGGAAAUGACGGAGGAGGAGCAGAUGAACGCAUUGUUGGGCUUUGGUGGGUUUGAUACUACAAAGGGGAAGAAGGUGUCAGGGAAUGAUAUUGGAGCUGCUAAUGUGAAGAAACAGAGAAAGUUUAGACAGUAUAUGAACCGUAAAGGUGGGUUUAAUAGACUUUUGGAUAAGCAAUAGAUGGGUAAAUUGUUAUACAUAUUAAUAAAUACAUGGCGAU